AGUGUGACUCCAGUUUUCCAUUUGCUCAGUUGUGUCCGCGGUCAUACAAAAUCCGAGCCGCGCAAUUCCCCCAACGAAAGCCAAAGGGAAAUCAGGAAAAAUUCUUUCCAAUUUGCUCCGGUGUAUCUGGUAGUUUCCUUGGCUGUACUCCGUGUAGGAUUUGUGAAAGCCCUUCAAGAUGACUAAGGUUGAGCUCUACAAGUCUCGCGUCUUUGUGACAAUCAUACACCUUUGCGCACUGGGCCAAUUUGCCUAUGGGCUCUACUAUAGCUCGUUUGACAUACAACGGAGCUACAAACUAAAGACCAGCGUGAAUCGACGACUGGUCCCGGAAUCGCUGCCCCAGAAAAUCAAGUUCUUGUCAUAUUGGUCUCUGAUAAUUCAGGCCCUGUACUAUACUGUAUCGCUCGCCAACGAUUUCGUGGGCACAAAUGAAUUGACCCCCAAGAAACCUCCGGCCGUGCGCAGGUUCAAGGACUGGCUGAUGGCCACAUUGGCCUUCCCAGUAGCCAUCAAUGUGGGCGUUACAUUCUGGACACUGUACGCCAUUGAUAGAGAGCUGGUCUUCCCCAAGGUGCUGGACCCCGUGUUCCCCAGCUGGCUAAACCAUGUCCUACACACAAACAUCAUGGUCUUCAUCGUCCUAGAGCUUUUUAUCUCGUACCGAUCAUACCCGAAGCGCAGCCAUGGACUUGCUGGACUGACCAUCUUCAUGGUCUCUUACCUGAUUUGGAUUCACGUGGUGAAACAUUACUCCGGCGUGUGGGUUUACCAGGUGCUCGAAGUGCUUCAACUUCCGCAGCGCAUCCUGUUCUUUGUAGCUGUCGUGGGAUUCACGUUGUCGCUGUAUCUACUGGGCGAGUUUCUCAAUAAUACCGUUUGGGCCAAGGAGGUGAAACUGGCUAAGCGCAAAUCUAACUAGGAGUAAGCUGUGUCCCUUUCUGUUUCUGUUUUCAUGUAGUUGCGUUUAACUAGCCACAAAAUAAAAUUAAUAAUAGUCAGGUCAA